UUGUCAGCGUUCCGACGCACGCUGACGUAACACGUACGGGCCGUUCUAUCAUGGUCCGCGAACGACGACAGUGGUGACCUGAUAACACUUACCGGGAGCUGUCAGCGGAGACCGGGGUUGGAAUGGUGGCCUGAGCGCCGUGUGGAGGGUCCUCGGGUGAAGGGAGAGCCGGGGAGGAGUCAUCAUGUCAGAGCAGAACAGCGUGUCACUGCAGCAGAUGCUGGACAGGAGUUGCUGGGUGUGUUUUGCAACAGAUGAAGAUGACCGGACAGCAGAAUGGGUGAGACCAUGCCGCUGCAGAGGCUCCACCAAAUGGGUCCAUCAGUCUUGUCUCCAAAGAUGGGUAGAUGAGAAGCAAAGGGGAAACAGUACAGCUCGAGUGGCAUGUCCACAGUGCAACGCUGAAUAUUUGAUAGAGUUCCCAAACCUCGGUCCUGUCGUUUACAUGCUGGAUCUUGCAGACAGACUGAUCUCCAAAGCAUGCCCUUUUGCUGCAGCUGGAAUAAUGGUGGGAUCUAUAUAUUGGACAGCCGUCACAUAUGGAGCAGUGACUGUAAUGCAGGUUGUGGGCCACAAGGAAGGUCUAGAUGUGAUGGAGCGGGCAGAUCCUCUCUUCUUGCUAAUUGGUCUACCCACCAUUCCUGUCAUGCUAAUUCUGGGUAAAAUGAUUCGCUGGGAGGACUAUGUGCUCCGAUUGUGGCGUAAAUACUCAAACAAAUUGCAGAUUCUUAACAGCAUAUUUCCAGGUAUUGGAUGUCCUGUCCCUCGCGUACCAGCUGAGGCCAACCCUCUAGCAGAUCAUGUCUCUGCUACUCGCAUACUGUGUGGAGCUCUGGUCUUUCCCACCAUCGCUACUAUUGUUGGCAAACUGAUGUUUAGCAGUGUUAACUCCAAUCUACAGAGGACAAUUCUGGGUGGAAUUGCUUUUGUCGCCAUAAAAGGAGCUUUCAAGGUAUAUUUCAAGCAGCAGCAGUACUUGCGCCAGGCUCACCGAAAAAUCCUCAACAACCCAGAAGCAGAGGAAGUAUAAUUUUUUCGACCAUCUGUGUGUGUUGUACAAUCUCGUGCACAAGGUUCUACUGUAUCGUAGUGACUCCUCGCCAUUGCACAGUUCUGGGAAUUUACCACAUGCUGCUGCCCUUGGUUUUCCUUCUUUUUUUUUUUUCACAAGACGCAAUAAAGCACUUAUGUAUGGCAGAAUAAGUACUGUAAACAGGUUGCAGGACACGUCAUCUGUCUACACUGCUUUACACCAUCUUUAAUAUUGUGUCGUAUCAGUUUUGCAUUUCACAUGGUGGUAAUACAUCCCAUGUAACACAGCAUAUAUGUGAAUGGGAGACUGUCGGUGACACCAAGGAAGAAACCGAAGCAUUGGGUUGCCAUUUUUAUAUUUUUAACCCUUGCACAAUGGCAUAAGCUAAGAGUUUAAGAUGAUUAUUUUUUUUUUUAAUCAUAAUUUUCAGUUCAGUUGCUGCCAAAAGCGAAUAUCUAAAGAAUGUACAAAGAUUUUUUUGGUGGUGCGCCAUUGUCAUUCUAGACCGUUUUCUCACCUAUUUUACUGCAUCCUUUUUUGAUUACUCUGAUUUGGGUUUAAAGUUAUUCAUUUUACUUUUCCAA